GCUGGGGGACCACACAUUUUCCGGGAUUGGGGAUUGUCAAUGUCAAACAGGCAAAACUUUGGUUGCCAAAUGCUUCAGGUCCUUCCGUGUGACGCCAUCAGAAUGCGCCGGCUGUUGUCAUGCUGCUCUUGCUGGGCAUGCGGGCUGUUGUGGGACAAGUGUAGUGCAGCUGCAGAACUCCUUGGUCCAUGUGGCUUUAUUGCAAUGUAUCUGAAGCGCUUGCCGCCAGUUAUUCGUUGCUGCCUUCAGCCGGUGCUUCGGGAAGUUCAUUCAACUAUUCAUAGAAAAUCCUGUGCCCUUGUAUCGGGUUCUAGGUUCCAUGGACUCGGGGUGCAGAGCAGGACCUUGCAUGGAGGAGAAAGCAAGCCACCAGACACUUCGCUGUUUGUUCCAGUGCAGCUCAGACCCACAGAGAUUGGGGACACAGACAUUGGCGCUGAACUAACUCAGCCUCUAAAUAAGAGUGACGUCCUGAAAACGUUAAACAAGUUUUAUAAAAGGAAAGAAAUGCAGAGACUGGGAGCUGAAAAUGGUUUAGAUGCUCGUCUCUUCCACCAAGCUUUUAUUAGCUUUAGAAAAUACGCUAUGGAGACUGAUCCUUUGCAUGUGGACUUGCAUAUUAUAUUGAAUGAUAUUUGCUGUGGGGUUGGCCAUGUUGAUGACCUAUUCCCAUUUUUUAUGAGACAUGCAAAACAGAUAUUCCCAAUGUUGGAUUGUAUGGAUGAUCUUCGCAAAAUUAGUGAUUUGAGGCUACCUCCUAAUUGGUAUCCUGAGGCCAGAGCCAUCCAGCGCAAGAUAAUCAUCCACGCAGGGCCUACUAAUAGUGGCAAGACUUAUCAUGCUAUCCAGAGGUAUCUGUCUGCGAAAUCUGGGGUGUAUUGUGGCCCUCUGAAAUUGCUGGCUCAUGAAAUCUACCAAAAGAGUAAUGAUUCGGGUGUGCCUUGUGACCUUAUUACAGGAGAAGAACUGGUGUUUGUGGAUCCAGAAGGCAGGCCUUCAGCCCAUGCAGCUUGUACAAUUGAAAUGUGCAGUGUGACUUCACCGUAUGAGGUGGCUGUCAUAGAUGAAAUACAGAUGAUCAGAGAUCCUUCCAGAGGUUGGGCCUGGACCAGAGCACUUUUAGGACUCUGUGCAGAAGAAAUCCAUAUCUGUGGUGAAGGAGCUGCUAUCAACCUGGUGACUGAGCUUAUGUUUACGACAGGAGAGGAAGUAGAGGUGAGAAAUUAUGAGAGGCUGACACCGCUUAAGAUUCUCGACCAGGCUUUGGAAUCCCUAGAUAAUCUCCGCCCAGGCGAUUGCAUAGUCUGUUUCAAUAAGAAUGACAUCUACUCUGUGAGCCGACAAAUUGAAGCACGUAGUUUAGAAUGUGCCGUGAUUUAUGGCAGCCUCCCCCCAGGGACUAAACUUGCCCAAGCAAAGAAAUUCAAUGAUCCUGCUGAUCCCUGUAAAAUCCUGGUGGCUACAGAUGCUAUAGGAAUGGGCCUUAAUCUGAGCAUUAAAAGGAUCAUCUUUAAUUCCCUGGUAAAACCAAGCAUAAAUGAGAAAGGGGAGAAAGAGAUUGAUACCAUCUCCACCUCUCAGGCCCUGCAGAUAGCAGGUCGUGCCGGCAGGUUUAGCAGCAUGUUUAAGGAUGGAGAAGUUACUACAAUGUUCCGUGAUGACUUGCCUCUGCUCAAAGAGAUUAUGAGGAAACCAGUCACUGCCAUAGAGACUGCUGGAUUGCAUCCCACUGCUGACCAAAUAGAGAUGUUUGCAUACCACCUGCCUGAUGCAACGUUAUCAAAUCUUAUUGAUAUAUUUGUCAGCCUUUCUCAGGUUGAUGGACUUUAUUUUGUAUGCAACAUCGAUGACUUUAAGUUUGUCGCUGAUAUGAUUCAACACAUUCCACUAAACCUGAGGGCAAGAUAUGUAUUUUGUACAGCUCCCAUCAACCGCAAACAGCCCUUUGUCUGCACGUCGCUGCUAAAGUUUGCUCGGCAGUUCAGCCGCAAUGAGCCUCUGACGUUUGACUGGAUUUGUAGACAUAUUAAUUGGCCAGUCGCUUCCCCAAAGACCAUCAAAGACUUGGUGCACUUGGAGUCAGUUCAUGAUAUCCUGGAUCUCUAUCUAUGGUUAAGCUACCGUUUUAUGGAUAUGUUCCCAGAUGCUAAUCUUGUAAGGGACAUACAGAAAGAACUGGACUCUAUAAUACAGAUGGGAGUAUAUAACAUCACUAAACUCAUUCGAGCAUCAGAAACCCCUGCUUCUGCCUCUGAUAAUUCUGAAGCUCAAGGGGCCCAUGAAAGAAGCGUUCCAAGCCUCAACCACAAUAUGAACUCCCAGGGACAGAGGAGACCCAGAGGGUCCCAAUUAGUCCAGCCAUUGCCUGGUAAUAUGAAGGGCUCGCUUGCCUCCAGAUUAGUACAGCAAGGACUUCUUACCCCAGACAUGCUGACACAGCUGGAAAAAGAGUGGCAAACACGGCAGCACGACAACGGCAAUCGCAGCACACCACAAGUUUUAAAGGGAAAAAGAAAAAAAAAGUAGCACUAUGGAUUUAGAUAUAUUUUAAAUGAACUAAAGAAAAAACUGUAGAACAAAUGAAUAUGUGAAUAUAACAUUGUUUCAAAUGUUGGCUAUCAUUUAUAAGAUAAAGUCACUAUUUAUAAUAA